AUGGUUUCGAAAACCACUCGAGCUGCUACUGCAGCAGCAAGAAAAGCAGCUGCACGCAUGCGUGCGGCCGCGGCGAACGCUGCAAAAGCCAGGCUGGCUGGCUUUGGUCAGCGCGGCAGCAUCAUGACCGAGAUCUUCGGAUCGAGUGAUUACUCCGAUGAGUCUCCGCCUCACGCAAGUCUAUCCAACGAUAGGAUGCGUGGAGACGGUGGCGAUGCACCUAUGAAUCACCACGAGCGAAGCAACUCAAGGGAUCUGGGUGACACUAGUGCCAGUGCUCAUGCUAGCACCAAUCAAGAGGCCAGGGACCUAAAUUUCCUGCGCCACGCUCCUCAAGUGUAG